AUGUUUCACAAAGGAAGAGGGAUUCUACGCGCCGCCGGCAGAGGGUUGCUACGCGCCGCCGGUGGAGGGUUGCUACGCGCGGCCGGACGUGUGAUGAAGAGGACCGGCGGCGUAGCCAAAGGCGGUAUUCAAGAACCAUUUGGUUCAUCACCGUCUACUCCAGGUGGCAACGCUUUAAUCUCACUUGGUGGAGGGUUUGUCAAUAAAUUUGGAUCAAACAAUCUGAGGAUCUCUGCGGCGUCAGGGUCGCUGUUGAAUCUUCCGGUGGCUACAACCUCCAGAUGGAACGGAGGAGCUUUUUCGUUUAACAGUUACAACGCUUAUGAAGACUUUGAAUGGGUUACGGUGGAAGAAGAUGACUCUGUUUUUGGCUCUGUUCCUUCUGUUGAUGAAGUUGAAGAUGCUGUUUCUGCUCUCAAGCAGGUAUUUGAUGGUGGAGGAAACCAGAGUCCCAUGCCCACAGGAAUGGCUCAUCAAGUUCCUUCGUUUGGGACGGAGUUGGACUGGGUGGAGCCUUCUAUGGAACUAUGCCAUUCAAGAAUCUUACAGCCACAUGCUUAUGAUCAUGUUUACAAUGCUUUUGACCUAUUACGGACCGAACCAUCCGUCCAGAAAAUGGUGUUAGCAUUGUCAUCUGACAAAGCAGUGUGGAAGGCAGUGAGGAACAACGAGGUGGUGCAAGAGAUUAAGGAGUUGUACUACAAUGGCAUUAAUCAAGACGAGGAGAGUUCAGAUGAAGAGAGUUCAGAUGACACUGCACGGGAGAAUAACACACCAAUAGAUUUCAUAAAAUGGCUAUUUGAUAGCACAGGGGUUAAGGCCACGGGAGUGUUAAAGAAGAUAACAAAGCUCGUGAUAGAGAUCUUAAAUAGUUGCAAUGUUAAGAAAAAGAGGAAACGUGGCAAAUUAAACAAUUGGUUCGAGGAAAUGCUCAAGACUUCGGUCUUUCUCUCCAUCAUGGUCAUGUUGAUCGUCAUGGUUUCCCGAGACUGCAACAUGUAUAUGAACGUUCCAAGUUAG